AAGUAGCUUCCCCGUGGACCACUGUGCUGCUGACUUGUGGAAGAGAACAAAUAAAUGUAGUGGCUGGGGGAAGAAGUGGCGGACGUGCUCGUGUAGUCUGCAGCCACAUUGUACAUGUUUGCCCGUGGAGAGGUGAGCGACAUGGAAAGGAGCUCUCAGUUUGCAGCACUAUGCUGAGAUCCCGGGCAGCCUUCCCACAAUGCUGGAACUGGGCUCCUAUUCGGUUGGCGCUCAGUCUCUGACAGGGGAUCACAAUGAUUUAGGGCUACCAAGAGUGCCAGGAAGGCCAGACUGUCCAGUGGGGGGUCUGGGCAUGGGGGCGAUUCGUGGUAGCAGUACCCCGAGACACCAUAUCCUCCACCCAUCCCCAUCGGAUUGUGAGAGCUGGCAGAAGCAUCGUGCCGGACUGGCCAGAGGGUCAAGUCUGUAUUCAGAGUCCCACUCUCUCCUGGAGCCCCAAAGUCUCUCAACCAGCUAUGACACACUUUAUCUCCCACAUAUGUCUGGAAACCCAACCCCUCUGCACCCAAACCGUCUGGGACUCUCUCUUGAUGUGGCUUCAACUUUUGACGUUGGAGGGGGGAUGCUGGGGGUGGAUGGAGAUUUGGCGUUGAGUCCCAAUGUGAUCAAGAGACGUCGGGGUGGCCUGAUCGAGCAGAGGGACAUUGUAAAGGCCCACCAGGCUCAUAAGAUACAGAGCACACCACAGGCACGACGCAAGGAGUGGGAAAUGGCCAGAUUUGGAGACGACGUUCCGGGCUUGUUGAGCUCAGGGGAUGGAGGGUCCGAGCGCAACCGGAACCGCGAUGGGGCGGCGGUGUCCACAGGUGGCGUCUCCCCAGCCUUCAAGCAGACCAAAGCGCAGCGCGCCCGCACCAUGGCCUUGUACAACCCCAUCCCGGUCAGGGAGAACUGCUUCACCGUCAACAGGUCCCUGUUCAUCUUUGGAGAGGACAACGUGGUCAGGAAGUACGCCAAGAAAAUCAUUGAGUGGCCUCCAUUCGAAUAUAUGAUACUCGCCACCAUAAUCGCCAACUGUAUCGUCCUGGCUCUGGAGCAGCACCUCCCUGGAGAGGACAAAACACCCAUGUCCAAGAGAUUGGAGAAGACAGAGCCCUACUUCAUCGGGAUGUUCUGUUUUGAGGCCGGAAUAAAGAUCAUCGCCCUGGGCUUUGUUUUUCAUAAAGGUUCCUACCUCAGGAAUGGAUGGAACGUCAUGGACUUCAUCGUCGUUCUCAGUGGGAUCCUGGCUGCAGCAGGGGCACAUAUGAACAUCUCAGUGGACCUGAGGACGCUGAGGGCAGUGCGCGUGCUUCGACCCCUCAAGCUGGUUUCAGGCAUCCCCAGUCUGCAGAUUGUCCUGAAGUCAAUAAUGAAGGCCAUGGUCCCUCUGCUGCAGAUCGGCCUGCUUCUGUUUUUUGCCAUACUCAUGUUCGCCAUCAUCGGCCUGGAGUUUUACAGCGGCAAACUACACUACACCUGCAAACCACAGCCUGGAAUACUGGUAAAUGAGACAGUGGACUCCUCUGAGUAUGAGUUCCCGUGUGGUGUGCGUCAGUGUCCGUCCAAAUACACCUGCCACGGAACCUGGAUCGGCCCAAAUGAUGGAAUCACCCAGUUUGACAACAUCCUGUUUGCCGUCCUCACUGUCUUCCAGUGCAUCACCAUGGAGGGGUGGACCACUGUCCUCUACAAUACUGACGAUGCCUUGGGCCCCAGCUGGAACUGGCUCUACUUCAUCCCUCUCAUCAUCAUCGGCUCUUUUUUUGUCCUGAACCUGGUGCUGGGAGUCCUCUCUGGGGAAUUUGCCAAGGAGAGAGAGCGAGUGGAAAACCGCAGGGCCUUCAUGAAACUGAGACGCCAGCAGCAGAUUGAGAGAGAGCUCAAUGGUUACCGGGCCUGGAUCGACAGAGCAGAGGAGGUGAUGCUGGCUGAGGAGAAUAAGAAUCCAGGACCCUCUGCUCUCGAUGUGUUGAAGAGAGCCACCACCAUCAAGAGGAGAGGCAUGGAUGUGGUGCAUCGAGGGCAACCAGGGGAAGAACAAUAUGGUGACAUCUCUUCUGUGGGCAUCCCCAUGGCCAGAGCAAGUAUCAGGAGCGUCAAGCGAGGUCCGACAGCCUAUUUUCGGCGGAAGGAGCGUCUCCUGCGCAUCUCCAUCCGCCGCGUGGUGAAGACACACACUUUUUAUUGGACGGUGCUUGGCCUAGUGGCCCUCAACACACUUUGUGUGGCCAUCGUUCACCACAACCAGCCUCUCUGGCUGUCCACCUUCCUCUACUAUGCAGAGUUCCUGUUCCUCGCUCUGUUCCUGACUGAGAUGUUCCUGAAGAUGUACAGCCUGGGACCACGUCUCUACUUCCACUCCUCCUUUAACUGCUUUGACUGCAGCGUAAUUGUUGGCAGCAUCUUUGAGGUGCUCUGGGGUUUCUUCAGGCCUGGAACUUCAUUUGGCAUCAGUGUCCUCCGUGCUCUUCGUCUGCUGAGGAUCUUCAAGAUCACCAAGUAUUGGGCGUCUCUGAGAAACCUGGUGGUCUCUCUGAUGAACUCCAUGAAGUCCAUCAUCUCCCUCAUUUUCCUUCUCUUCCUCUUCAUCCUUGUAUUUGCGCUCCUGGGCAUGCAGCUCUUCGGUGGCAGGUUCAUCUUUGAGGACUACUCCCCAACAAACUUUGACACCUUUCCCGCCGCCAUCAUGACCGUCUUUCAGAUCCUGACUGGAGAGGACUGGAAUGAGGUUAUGUACAACGGUAUUCGCUCUCAAGGAGGAGUAAAGUCUGGCAUGUGGUCCUCCAUCUACUUUAUUGUGCUCACAUUGUUUGGAAACUACACUCUGCUGAAUGUCUUCUUGGCCAUCGCUGUCGAUAAUCUUGCGAAUGCACAAGAACUCACCAAGGAUGAAGAGGAAGCAGAGGCAGCGUUCAACCAGAAGCACGCUCUACAGAAAGCCAAGGAGGUCGGCCCGUUGUCCUCCUUUAUGUCCUCAGAGGGGAGCCGUAGGAGGCGGCCCUACCUGUACAGGAAAAGAGCCAUCCAUCGCAGCCGCCCCACUUACUCUUGCUCCCUGGAGGAGGCGCAGGGCAGCAUCAGGGAGGGCCGCCCACCCCCACCACUCAAUCCCUCUAACUCUUUCAUGUCCAGGAGAGAGAGGAGAAAAAGGAUGACCAUGUCAGUGUGGGAGCAGAGGACCAGCCAGCUGCGGAGACACCGCCAGAUGUCCAGCCGAGAGAUCCUGUUCAACAGCCCCAGCGAGGAAAAGGACGGGUCUCCAGCCUCAGCCCAGGCCCAGCAUGGACACCCGCUGUCGCUGCACCGUAAGGCCAUGCAGAACACACCGUCUGGGAGUUUGAAACGCCUGGCAGAUCCCUUAGCAUCACCAGCCAAGAACCCGGCUCCUUCCAUGCCUGUGGAUGACUCUCUGGGAGCCGUCCUCUCUGGUGACAAACCUGAAUGCCCAAUGUCCGUCCCUGAGUCACUGGACACCACAAAUGAGCCUCUGCCUGAUGCCUCUGUGUCUAUGACCAUACAAGAGUCUCCUGAAUCAGAGCCCUUGUCUGAGAGCAGAACACUGGGUGUUAUUCAGGGUCACAACACCAUCAGUGAGCGCAGGAGCCCCAGAUUGAAUGGUGAUCGCCAGCACAGGGCAGUGAAGAAGUUCAGACCACCAGAUAACAUUCACACACUGACUCCUGAGAUGGGAGGUCUUGGCAGGAUCAGGGACAGGAUUGCGGCACAUCACUGUGACCAUAAGAGUGGAGCCAAAAGUCAGGGGUCAUCUCCUGGUAAUGACAGCCAUUUGGCAAGUCGCUCGGUCAGCAGGGAGAGGAAGAGCAACCCCGGAAAGGUAGAGGAGAAGGAGGUGGAGACCAAAAAGGAGGAGGAGGUGUCCGAACCUGUGGAGAGCAGACAGGUUGAAGGGGGUGAAGAAGGAGACAUAAACCCACCAGAUGACCAGCAGAGCCACACCGAUGACCCGUGUCCUCAGAAGCAAGAUGAGCUUCUCCAGCAAUCAGACCCUUCUCCUCCGGCCAUCUCAGAGGACAACAAAGAAGAGAAGGAGACGGAGCAGGACCAGGACAAAUCUCAGCUCAGCUCCAGUGUCGUCAUCGAGGUGCCCAGUGCAACUUCAUGUAUGGAGCUCUCUACAAUCACAGUGAACAGCAAGGAUCCUGAAAUCUGUAAGUCAGAGAAAGAGGAGGCCGAGGCCACAAAUCCUGUCAACACUGUGACUCCAAACAGCAUGUUCAUCUUCAAACCUGACAACCCGGUGCGUCGAGCGUGUCACUACGUCGUGAACCUCAGGUACUUUGAAAUGUCCAUCCUGCUGGUUAUAGCUGCCAGUAGUAUAGCACUGGCUGCUGAGGACCCUGUGGCUACCUCCUCUGACUGGAAUAAGGUAUAUGCUCUCAUUUAUCUGUUUAAAGUUGACCUGCUGCAGCUUCUGGACAUGCAGUCCGCCUCUCAUUACAAUGUCUCAGCAACAGACGAUGGUGGAGGAUGUCCAGCCUAUCAGAUUGGACAAUAUUCCGCACUCGUCCUGCCAACGGCAACAGUGUUUGGACCUGUGUUUCCUGCUGCCGCUCUGUGGGACGGCCUGUGGCACAGACUCUCUCUGGCCUUCUCUCUGUCCACGCUCAGCUUGUACCUGGACUGCAGUCAGCGGGAGAGCGCCUCCUGGCGUCACGGCUUCGGACCACGGAUCAGCACUUUGGGCCUGACGCUGCUGGGUGGAGCUCCGAGUGCUCACCACACUCCGUUUACGGAGGUUACAGCAGUAGAUGAGGUGACUUCUCAUCCUGGCAUUAGAGAAUCCUCCAGACCAGACACUUCCCCUCAGGACACAGCUGUCAAGGCCGGACUCACUGAGCUGACAGCCAGACUGAAAAGCCAAACUGAGAACAGCACCUCCCCUCUGGAGUCCCACACUGCUCCAUACAUACAGGAUGUGGACGACAAAGCUGCAGUGAAAACUCAGACUGGUGCAGACACUCAGACUACAGGCUCCACCAAAGAAGACAAACCAAAGACUGUGAUUCUAGGAGGAGCUGAGGAGCCACAGACUGGAGAUGAGCACAUUUCUAAGUCACACAUAUCAGGGACAAUGAAGGAGACACAGAGAACAGAAGGGAGUUGGACAGUCGCUUCUGUCCACACACCUCACACUGCUCAAGUUCAUCAGCCAUCAUCUGUGGUGGAGCGAGUCGAGACGUCCAUUUCAAGCCCAAACAUCCAACCUGAGAACCCCACAGCUCCAGGAGUCACUUCAGCAUCUGCAGGGGGAGCGACGGAAACUGCAGAGAGACGUUUCUCUGAUGGGCCUCAUGAGUUUGUUAUCACUCUGGUCUCAGGCUCCACAACAGAAUCAGGGUUCAAUGCUUCCAGUGUGGACGCUUCACCUGACGGAGGAACAAAGGAGGCCAAACAGGAUACCUCACCAGCAGUGAUUACACCUCCAGUGUCUGGAGUCACUCUUCCCUCCCUGAAGGUUCUGGCAGCAGCAGAAGAAGACACGUCAGCGGAGGGAGAGGUGACACGAGACUUUGCUGCACCUGAGAAAGUUCCAGGUCCAAAUCUGACACUUUCAGCUCCCACACAACAAAGUAGAGCAGCACUGAGUGACAUCACAACUGAGGGGGGGGGUGUUUCCAGCAGAGGGAUUAGAGAAAAAACAGAAAUUGAACGGUUGGACAGUGAUUCACCAAAAACAGAAACCACAUCACCACCGCAACAACUUCCAGGUGAAGAGGAGGGGAGCGGCAGAGAUGAAGAUGAGACAGAUUUAGUGAUGGAGGGGGAGGAAGAGGGAAAAGAAGCAGAGGUGGAAAAAGGAAAUCACUUUAAUGACACCUGCAUCUUUGAGGAUAAUAAUCAGUCUUCACUUGAGUGGCUCUCCAAGUUCAGCGAUGAAGACUUCAUAGUCCAAUCAGAGACUGAGUCGCCACAGCAGAAUGUUGAAGCAGCCAAUCAGGAGCCUACACCCUCAGUCAGACAUCACGGGGCGGGACUAAGACCUGGGGUCAGAGGUCAGAGGGGAGUACAGGGUCCACCUGGACUACCAGGACCAUCAGGACCUCAAGGAGACAAAGGAUAUCAAGGUGUUAUGGGCAGGACCGGGCGGACAGGAUACAGAGGCCCCAUUGGUCCUCCAGGGAUGCCUGCCAUUGUUGUAUUUAAAACCUCUGAGGAGGAAUGGGAGGCUUUCAAGAAAAAGAAGAUCUACAAAAAGCUGGUGUCUUCCUGGCCAAAAGUUAAGGGGCCUCUGGGGCCUCCUGGACCUCCUGGAGAUGCAGGACCAAUUGGGCCACCUGGAAUUACUGGGAAACAGGGACCAAGAGGAGCUCAAGGGAAAACCGGUAGUCCAGGGCCACAGGGUCUGCCGGGGCCCCAGGGUCGACCUGGAAGAGAUGGGACCCCAGGAGAGGAUGCUCACCCAGGCCCUCCAGGCUUACCUGGAGAACAGGGUCCCAAAGGCUACAGAGGAGAGGAGGGCAGUAAAGGGGAGCUGGGUGAGUGGGGUUAUGAAGGAGAGGCUGGGCCACAAGGAGACAGGGGACGAACAGGAGACAAGGGAAAUAAAGGAGUCAGAGGCCUUGUCGGGCUCCCUGGCUACAUAGGAAUACCCGGAGCCAGGGGUCCUCCUGGUUUUCCAGGACCAUCAGGAACUCUAGGAGAGAUUGGAGCUCCAGGCUUCAGUGGAUCACCAGGCCCUCCUGGCAAAAUUGGCUCCAGAGGACUGAGAGGUGUUUUAGGAGUGAAAGGACCUCCGGGUCAUCACGGUGCAGUGGGUGUCAGAGGAGCAGCUGGACCACAGGGAGAACCAGGUCCUGACGGCACAGUUGGAUUUCCAGGUGUUCGUGGUCCUCAGGGAAAUCCAGGACCAGAUGGACCAGUGGGUCUUAAAGGAGACCCUGGUGAGCCAGGAGAUGAAGGAGAUAUAGGAGAACCUGGACCACCUGGACUUAAUGGAGCCAAUGGGAAUCCAGGAAAGCCUGGACCCUCAGGUGAUCCCGGGGCUAAAUCAAAGCGAGGUGACAAGGGUGAUUCAGGGUUUAAGGGAGACAUAGGGCCUCCAGGGCCUCCAGGUAAACAGGGAUCAAAGGGCCGUCGAGGCCCAUUGGGGUUAGAGGGACUUGUAGGAUCAACAGGGCCACCAGGACCUCCUGGUUCCAGCGGGUUUGAUGGCAUCAUGGGGGAGCAAGCAAAGCAGGGAAAAGAUGGUCCAAAGGGAGAUCGAGGGCCAACUGGUAUUCAAGGAGCCACUGGGCCUCGAGGUGACAAGGGUCGAAAAGGUCGAGCAGGAUUUUCGGGAUUACCUGGUCCCAUUGGAGAGAUGGGAAAAUCUGGGGAGAGAGGACGUGAAGGAGAACCUGGUAUUAAGGGAACGCCUGGAUUUACAGGGGAGCCUGGACCUAAAGGCCAGAAGGGUUUUCAAGGUCAUUUGGGAAACAGGGGACAGGAAGGAGCUCCUGGAGCCCUGGGCCCCAUUGGGGCAAAUGGAAUGAAUGGUGACCCAGGAACACCAGGCUCAAAGGGAUUAUCUGGAAAGAUGGGAGCACCUGGCCUCCAAGGACAUAUAGGGAAGAGUGGUGACGCUGGCAGUAGAGGAAUGGAGGGGACACCAGGAAAACCAGGAGAGAGAGGUGUUAAGGGUAAAGAAGGCCUCAAUGGACUUCCAGCGGGUGAAGGACUAAAGGGUAAGAGAGGCGAGGAAGGACCAAGGGGAAAACCAGGCCCCCCAGGUGAGAUGGGCAUGUCUGGACCACGGGGACACGGAGGAGCUCCUGGUAUUCAGGGUAACAUAGGACCAUGGGGUGAGGUUGGGCCCCGUGGACUUUCAGGUGAUCAAGGACCACGAGGUCUAGUUGGUCUACGUGGAGUAACAGGUUACUCAGGUAAAGAUGGAUCCCAAGGACCAACUGGAUCAGCUGGUUUCAAAGGAAAUAAGGGAUCUACAGGGGCUUUGGGGCAGGAGGGAGUUGCUGGUCUCGAUGGUGAGGAGGGGCCGGUUGGACUGAGGGGACCUGAGGGCUCAACUGGACAAAAAGGAAUAUCUGGCGAUAAGGGGGUCACUGGACCUCCUGGACUGAAAGGGCCAAAGGGAGCUGAAGGUGACAUUGGCAAUCAAGGGCUACAGGGAACAAAGGGGCUCCCAGGAAAACAAGGAUACAGGGCAGCCCUAGGAGAGAGAGGAAAACAGGGGGUUCCAGGGCUUAAGGGUGGUCCAGGCAUCAGAGGCCCAUCAGGCAUGCAUGGACAGUUCGGACCAGGGGGCAACACUGGGGCAGCAGGAGGCAAAGGCCAGAAGGGGCUCCAGGGACAAACUGGCCCCCCUGGGAGUAUAGGUCCUCCUGGACAAAUUGGAUUAUCAACACCAGGUUUACCAGGCAACAGGGGUGUUGAUGGCAAGACUGGAGGCCCUGGGCUAAAGGGCGGUCACGGUGAGAAGGGCAAACUUGGUCUUCCAGGCAUCACAGGAGAAAUGGGCGUAGGAGGUGAAAUUGGAGCAAAAGGAGAACCUGGAGCACGAGGAACUGCUGGGAAACUUGGGAAGAUCGGGUUCAUUGGCUCUGCUGGUGCUAAAGGUCGACCUGGACCUGCUGGUCCUCGUGGAAUUCCAGGAGCUAAAGGAAUUCAGGGGCCAAAGGGAAAAAGAGCCCAGCUGGGAAGGAAGGGGAAUAAAGGGACCUCUGGGAAAACUGGAGCUGAAGGAGAGGCGGGGAGAACAGGACCCACUGGAUCACCUGGAAAACCAGGCUUGAGUGGACUGGACGGGUUACUGGGGGUUGAGGGUAAUGAAGGCUAUACGGGUGCCAUUGGUUUCAGAGGAGCUCCUGGAGCACCUGGCUGGUCCGGCAAGAUGGGAAAACCAGGGCCUCCUGGGAUCAGGGGAAACACUGGAGCAGGAGGGUUUAAGGGUAAAACUGGACCAAAAGGAACACGUGGACCUCCUGGACCAAUUGGGCCAAAGGGUAUUCCAGGACUGAGAGGAGAGAAGGGUGAAUCUAGAAGUCUUGGUACAAAGGGUCUCCCAGGUGAAAAAGGGAUCGCGGGACCACUUGGGCCCCUGGGGUUGAAGGGGAAUCCUGGUUUGCAGGGGCUGAAAGGUCAAAUUGGUCGUAAAGGAAAACAGGGAGACACUGGUCCUCGUGGUCCACCUGGGCUAAAAGGCUUCCAUGGACUUCUUGGCAAGAGUGGAAAAAAGGGAGUGAAAGGUUUCCAAGGCAGGAGAGGACCUAAGGGAGUCAAAGGAAAGUCUGGACCUCCAGGGAAACCAGGAGCCCCAGGCAAACGUGGUUUGACACAAAGAGGACGAUCAAAGUCAACACCAGGUCAAAGAAAUGAGCCCAAAACAAGAACAAGUGCAAGAUCAAAACUGACAAGAUCCAGACAAACACCCAAACACCUGACGCAAAAGGGAGGACAACAAAAAAGGCCCAGGCUGGUGAAGAAGAGACUGCCUCGAAGUGAUGAGGAAGAGGAAUCUUUCAUUUGGCCCCUGGGAACACAGGACGACCCCGGUACCACCUGCCAUGAGCUGGGACUCAUACACCCUCAUCUGACUGAUGGUUAUUUUUACAUGGACCCCAACCAGGGCUGUGUUUGUGAUGCUGUGAAGGUUUCCUGUAACUUCACAGCAGGAGGAACAACGUGUAUAGACCCUUUACAGUCACAGAUUAACUUCAGGUGGGAACCAGAGAAGCAGAAAUCAAGAAGAUCCCUCCAGUGGUUUAGUCAACAACAUGAGGGAAACAAGUUUGAGUAUGCUGGUAUGGAUGUUGUCCAGCUGAGGUUUCUGCGAUUACACAGCCAUACAUCUUUCCAGCACAUGACUGUCAGCUGGGCAGUGAGCGGCUCCAACACUGCCGCCACAACUAAUUCUACAAAUUGGAGUAUCCACAUCCUGGGAGACUCAGGCAAAGAAAUAGAUUCUCACUUACUUAGAGUGAGUAGAAAAGACUGUGAGGAACAUGUGGUUGUGAGGGUUCAGGGGAGCACUGAGCUGCAUCGAGGAGAUAUGGAGUUGCUUCCUGUCAGAGAUCUGGGAAUAGCAAUGACGGGACCGAUUCCCCCCGCCCCUGAGAUCACUGUGAUCCUGGGACCCCUCUGCUUCUUGUGACCAACGAGUGAUGUGCGUGUUUGUUUGUAUGUGUAAUUAAACAUUGUAAAUAUCAUUUCAUAUAAAAAGCAGCUAUAUACC